CUUCCCCCACCCCCUCUCUCUACAAAUAAUUUUGUCCCAGGAAUAAUUUUCUCGGGUAAAUUGAAUUUUUCUCUCUGAUUGCAUCAAUCCCUAAGCAGGAAUUUUCCUGAAUUUUCCCUCACUUUCCAUCGUUUUCUCUCUCGCUUUCCCCCUCCCUCCUCCCCGCUCGCCACCACCUCGGUUCUUUUUCUCGGAGCGCGAUAAAUUCUUCAAUUCCAUAGAUUUUCACAUUGGCGGCUACAUUCCCGAUCCUCUUCGUUCGCUUCACAACUCUCCAAAAAUCGCUUGUGUAUAUAUAUAGAAACCGCGGUCCCGAAGUGAUCGAGGUGCAACUCCGUAAGCUUCGUCUUUUGAAUCCUAGGGUUCGGCGAUCUUGUGUCCGGGGUGCUCUCUGUAUGUGGUUUUUUUUUGCUUCGAGUCGUUGUGGAUGAGAGCUUGGUGUAGGAUUCGAUGAACAUGGACAUUGUGGCUGGCGAUGUCGCGGCUCUGGACGCGGACCUGUUGCAACUCGGCGAGCUGUCCCCCCUGGCUCUCAAAUCUAACCCUAACUUCGUCGACAAAAUCUUCGACCAGUGGCUCUCACUUCCCGAGACCAAUCGCCUGGUGACAUCAUUGCUUAAUGAUGCAAAGGCAGGUCAUCCUCUGAAUGCCCUUGGAAAUUCUUCUUCUGCAACUACUUCUGCAAGCAAUUCACUACCUUCACUAUUUCCUGCUGGCAGUGCGCCUCCACUUUCUCCAAGAAGUACUUCUGGUUCUCCUCGCACGACAAAGCAGAGAGCUGUUCCUUCCAAUUUAGGCUCUCCCUUGAAAGUAGUGAGUGAGCCAGUCAGAGAAAUAAUCCCCCAGUUUUACUUUAAGAAUGGUCAACCCCCUCCAGUUGAACUGAAAGAACAAUGUUUGUAUAGAAUCAAUCAUUUUUUCUAUGGUCGUUCAGAAGGAUUGCAGAUAAAUGAGUUCAAGCUUGUAACUCGGGAAAUAUGCAAGCUGCCAUCAUUCUUCUCAACAUCUCUGUUCCGAAAAAUUGAUGUUAACGGUACUGGAUUUGUGAUGAGGGAUGCAUUUAUUGAUUAUUGGGUCACUGGCAAUAUGUUGACAAAGGAUAUACCUACUCAGAUAUUUACUAUUUUGAAGCAACCAGAGCUCAGACAUCUUACUCAGGAUGACUUUAGACCUGUGCUUCAAGAACUUUUGGCCACUCAUCCAGGUCUGGAGUUUUUGCAAAGCACGCCUGAGUUUCAGGAUAGAUAUGCUGAAACUGUAAUAUACCGAAUAUUUUACUACAUAAAUAGGUGUGGAAAUGGGCAACUUACCCUGAGGGAGCUGAAACGUGGAAACUUAAUUGAUGCAAUGCAACAUGCUGAUGAAGAAGAAGAUAUCAACAAAGUAUUGAGGUAUUUCUCUUAUGAGCAUUUCUAUGUAAUAUACUGCAAGUUCUGGGAGCUGGACGCGGAUCACGAUUUCUUAAUUGACAAGGAGAACCUUAUUAGAUAUGGUAACCAUGCGUUGACUUACCGAAUAGUCGACAGGAUAUUUUCUCAGGUUCCGAGGAAGUUUACGAGCAAAGUUGAAGGAAAGAUGGGAUAUGAAGAUUUUGUUUACUUCAUAAUAUCUGAGGAGGAUAAGUCAUCUGAGCCUAGUCUUGAAUAUUGGUUCAAGUGCAUAGAUUUGGAUGGCAAUGGAGUUUUAACAAGGAAUGAAAUGCAAUUCUUUUAUGAGGAACAGUUGCAUCGAAUGGAAUGCAUGGCACAAGAACCAGUUCUUUUUGAGGAUAUUUUGUGCCAGAUCAUUGACAUGAUUGGACCUGAGAAUGAGAGUUACAUCACACUACAUGAUCUGAAAGGUUGUAAACUCUCUGGAAGUGUUUUCAAUAUCCUAUUCAACCUCAAUAAAUUUAUGGCCUUUGAAACUCGUGAUCCAUUUCUGAUUCGUCAGGAGAGGGAGAACCCUACCUUGACUGAGUGGGAUCGCUUUGCGCACAGAGAAUAUAUUAGGCUGUCAAUGGAAGAAGAUGUCGAAGAUGCAUCCAAUGGAAGUGCAGAAGUUUGGGAUGAAUCACUUGAGGCUCCCUUCUGAGACCACCUAGGUUAUGAAUAGAAGCUUCGAUCGUUCCCCAGGCUAGUUGCUGGGCUGGGCUGAGGAGUCGUCCCUGCGAAACUCAACCAGAAGUGGCUGUGCAUCCAUCAGAACUCAAACUUGGUGUCAGCUGUUUGGUCUUAUCUUGGAUUUCCCUUCAGAAGAUGGCCUUUGGUUUAUUUUUUUGUGUUAGCUGACUGAUAGCGCGGUACUAACAGUGGAGUAUUUCGGAGCAUCAUAGCUUGAGGGCAAAGUUUCUUCCAAGGUGUAAGCAGAGAGAGUUUAAGUGUGUAAAGACCCAAAAGGGGUAGUCCAGGAGACAUCGAGUUUCUAUUCUUAUGUGUAUGGUAUGUCAUUUUUUGCCCUAUGGUAGUGGGUUGGUCAUCCCUUCUUGAGCAUAGGUUGUUGCUUAAGCAAAACUUAAGUGUGUUUGUUCGUUUACCGAGUGUUAAGUAGGUAGGCACAUUUUUGUCUUUUUAGAGUCCAAUCUUUUAGCAAAUUUUGUUCAUAUAUUGAUAAUUAAUAACUUAUUAGAUGAUGCGACGGUUUUGAUUGAA